UGGUUUGACAUGGUUGGAGCAGGCUUACAGUGUGUUCAAAAUCAGACUAUCUAAGGUGUGUACUUAUACGGGGUUGACACCCUCUAGAAUUCAGGGGUUCAGGGGCUGAAAGGAGGGAACAUCUCCUAGCUAGCUUAUCUUAUCGCCCCACAAUCCCUCUUUCAAGCACCUUACACAGGACAGAACAUCGAUCAACCUCUCCCAGUUCAAGACAACGUCAUCGCUUACAAACUGUCGUCUCCCUCUCAGACUCACUAUCUAGUAUACACUCACGCGAGCACACACGCAACUAAUUAUAUACACACUCUUAAGAGAAAGAGAAAUACAAUGUCCCGCAAAGGCGUCGGCCUGGCGGCCUUUGACCGCAGCCGGCUGACGUCGGCGCAGUACGCAUCACACGGCUCAUCGCUGCGGUCAGCCAACGCGGCGGCGCUCGAGACGCAGCUGGCCGUGUUCCGGUCGCUGCUGCACCAGUUCGCGGCGACGCACGCAAAGGACAUUCGCUCCAACCCGACCUUCCGCGCCCAGUUUGCGCGCAUGUGCGCUGCCAUUGGCGUCGACCCGCUCGCCAGCAGUACUAGUACUGGUGGGGGGGAGGGAAAAGGGGGCGGUUCGAUCUGGGCGCAGCUUCUGGGCAGGUCCGUCAACGACUUUUACUUUGAGCUCGCCGUCCGCGUCGUCGAGGUCUGUUCCGAGACCAGGGGCGAGAAUGGAGGGUUGAUUGAGCUGCGCAAGGUGCGGGAGAGGAUUAUGAGUAACCGGGUUGAGGGUGCGUCUGAGAUUACUGAAGACGACAUACUCCGCGCCGUGGGCACGCUCAAGCCGCUCGGCUCGGCCUACUCGAUCAUCCGGGUCGGCAGCAAGCCCUACAUCCGGUCGGUGCCCAAGGAGCUUAACACGGACCAGAGCGCCGUGCUUGAGGCGGCCCAGGUGCUUGGCUAUGUCAGCGUGUCGAUGCUCAUGGUCAACCUCCGGUGGGCCCGCGCCAGGGCGCAGACGGCCAUCGAGGAUUUGGUCGGUGAGGGCAUGCUCUGGGUCGACAAGCAGAGCGGCGACGAGUGGGAGUACUGGAGCCCGGGAUUCAUGCUCGAUGAGGACCAGCAGCAUUUUGGCGGGGAAACGCCGAGUUGAAGGAAGAGAGGACGGAAUGCUUGCUCCGAAGCGUUGCCUGAAUGCCCGUUCGACCCGAAUCGGUAAGGCAGGACAAGGCUGGCAAGAUGGCCCUCCUUGUCUUGGUCCUUAUCGGAAGAAAGCAUCCAGGACAGCGCCUAGGUGACGAUAUUUCCAUCACUGAUGCCACGGCCGUCGUCGCUGGCUGGCCAUGUCUCCCAAGAGAACUCACCGCAGACGGCAUGCGGUCAAAGGCCGGCAUGCGGGUAACCGCUGCGGGACUCAGCCUUGCAGCCUAGCUUGCCUGGGCUCCUGGGUAAUCUCGUUCAGAC